AUGAACAGUGACUUAGAAUAUUUAGAGGACGGAUUUGAUCCGAAUUCAAUGAAAGUUGCUACGUUAAGGAGGAUAUUAGUGGAGAAUAACGUCGAGUUCCCAUCCAAUGCAAGAAAAAACGCACUAGUAGGGUUGUUUGACGAGAGGGUUAAACCUCAGAUCCCGCAAUUACGGAAAAUGUAUUUAAACGUCCAACCCAGUGACGAAGGUAUUGUGAAGGUUGACCGUCCUGCCUCUUCUUCCUCUAUAUCUUCCUCUCGUAGGAAUAGACGGGCUGGCAGAGAGAAAUCCGCCUCUCCCUUGGCCAAACAGUUUAAGAAAAAUAAAAUACUGGAUGAUGUAAGUAAUGAUGAUGAUGAUGAUGAUGAGGGAGACGAUCCUUUGAUCAUACUUAGUGGCACAGAGGGCGAGGAAGGGGACGGAGGUGAGAAUGAGUUGACAACCAGCUCCUACAAAUCUGAUACCAACGAUUUUCAACUGAAUUCCAAUACUCGUAACAAGAGGAAAGGUCCUGAUUCCGACCAUGAUUCUGAGGUAAGCUCAAAGGAAAAUAAGAGGGUUGAGCCCUUCAAUAUUCAAUCUUCAGAUUCAGAAAUGGAAAAGGAUUACCAGAUGACUAAAAAACGUAAGGUAAAUCGUUUGGAUCCUCAAAAGCACGAAAACGGUUCCGCUAUUUUAGGCAAACUUUCUGUCAAGACACCGAUGAAGAAGAUCGGUAGGAAACCAGUAAGCAUUGACCAUUUUAACGAUUCUAUGACUUCUAGCGGUACGGAGAAUGAUCCGUUUGUACCGAAUAUACAACACAAUCCAAAAAAAUAUGAAGUCAACAAUGGAAGAGAACAAGGCACCCCACUGAGUAAAUUAAAAGUUUCGGCAUCAUUUGCGGAUAAGUUACCUCAAAAGGAGGAACCAACAACAAAACUAGUUACCGAAGUAGAGCAACCAGCGCCAUUUCAGAGAGAGAAGCCGCCUUCUUUGUUUUCAUCCGAGGAGUCAGGUUCUGAAGCGGAACCACCUUUGAUUGCAGAGGUAACUACGCCAGAUCCGGAGACAACUGUGAGAGACGCCAACGAAAAUGUAGUGGAAAUGAUAGAAACCGAUGAUAGCGAAUCGACAUCGGAUGAAGAUGAAGUUUUGGUGCCUACCAGAAUCGAAACUCCCCAAUUACCUACCGCAAAAGAUGUUGAAAAGAGUGAAACAAGAGUGCAAGAACUUCAAGAGGAAAUCAAUGAGCAAUUAGAGGAUGACAGUGAAGUUGAAUUUAGUACGAAGCAAGAACACAAAUACGGAACCAAUAAGGGCAGUGCACCAAUGAGACACAAAUUGAAAAAAGUCUUAAAACUAUUGAGCAAAUCAUUGUUAGCGCUGUUUCUAUUCUGCAUAUUUGUAGUCAUUCCUCUCUUAUUUGGCCUUUGGUAUAGAGAACAAAGACUACUAGUAGGCUACUGCGGUCAUGAAGUCCCAUCACAUCGAGUCAAUGGUCAGUCUGCUGAAUUCAUUCAGAAACUGGAUCAUUGGUUACAAGACUACAGGCCAAAAUGCAUUCCUUGUCCACCCAAUGGUAUUUGCUAUCCUUAUUUGAAACUGAAGUGCAAACCUGAUUACAAGUUGGCACCGUCCAAACUUGACUUUUUAGAAAUUAUACCAGCACAAGGCCAAUGUGUCAAAGACGACAAAAAACAACAGUUGGUUUCCGAAGUAGUUGAGAAAUCAUUAGAGUUUCUAAGGGCCAAAAAUGCGCAGAUUUCAUGCGGUGACGGAAAGGACGAUAUCGAGAGUGGUAUGACGGAAGAUACCCUCUAUCAAAUAUUCAACGAGGCAAGGGCUCCUUGGAUUAACGAUGAUGAGUUCGAGGAUCUGUGGAUUCAAGUUAUCAAAGAUUUAACUGAAGAACCAGAAAUAAUAUGGAGGCAAUUAUCAACCAAUGACAACAACGUUGGUAGAAGUUCCGACCACAUCACUAAAGCCAAUGACAUUCAGGGACAGAAGAGACAUAUUCCAGAAGAAUCCAUCCCCUCCAAGACGAGGAAUUUUCGGUCGACGUCCAAGAAAUACAUUGGAAUGAAAUGUCGCUUUGAAAGGGAAAUCUACCAAACAUACAAAAAAUUCCAAAGACCGAUACUGUUAGUGCUUUUGCUGGUCACCAUUAGUAAAGUAAUUGAUAUCAAACUGAAAAGUUAUUUUAGAAAGAAAGCCAAAAUUGAAGAGCUCGUCACCCAAUCCAUGGAGAAAUUAAAGUUACAAAAGAUUAAAUCGAUCUCAGAUCCGAAAGAAAACGCUUAUUUAAGUAUAGUCCAAUUACGUGACAUUUUUCUCUCCGAUAUUGUCAAUUUGAAGUACAAGAAUCACUUAUGGUCGCAAGUGGUGAAGUAUUUAGAGCAUAAUAAUAGUAAUAUCAAAUCGAAUUUAACUGAAAUCAGGGGCGAGAUAAUGAAAUGCUGGGAAUGGAUAGGGCCUUUGGAGCUUAAUGAGCCUAAUGAUCCAGUUGAAAACAAAAAAAUCUCCAAAGACGAAACUAAGUUAUAG